ACAUGAUGGACGGUGGAUGCUAAGGGUAGACCAAACACAAUUGAAGUAUACGUACUUACGUAAUGUUUGAAACCAACGUACUUUUCUAUUUUAGGGACCAUUGUACUGACUAAGAAGGGAGAGAUUCCCUCAUUUCGGGUCAUGGAUUUCAAUGUGAUGGCCCAAUCUUUACGCCAUUGCCGCCAGAUCCAAGCUAUCGAAUAUGGAAAAUCACUCCAUUCUCAUUUGAUAAAAUCUGGCCUUUUGAAUUAUGUAUUCCUCGCCAACAAUGUGAUUGCCAUGUAUGGUGAUUUUGUGUAUCCGGGUGAUGCACACCAACUGUUUGAUGAAAUUCCUGAAAGAAAUAUAGUUUCUUGGACUACCUUAAUUUCAGCAUACACGCGUGCCGGGCAACCCACCGAUGCUCUCCGUGUGUUUACACGGAUGUCGGAGCUUGAAUUGGAGACACCCAAUAGCUUUACGUAUUCCGUUGCUCUUAAGGCAUGUGCGCUCGCGAAGAAUAUCGAACUGGGAAAGUCAAUACAUCGAUGGGUUUCAAGAUCUCAGUUCCGAUCUGAUACCGUUCUAAUGAACACGGUUCUGGAUAUGUAUGUAAAAUGUGGUUGUUUGGAUGAUGCCCAAAAGGUUUUUGAUGAAAUGUCUCCUGCGAAUUUGACUUCUUGGAAUACAAUAAUUGAUGGGUAUUGCAGGGAAGGUCUGAUGGAGGAGGCAAUGAAUUUAUUUAAUCGAAUGCCUGAACCUGAUGCUGUUUCAUGGAACACCAUCAUUGCGGGCCAUGCCUGUAAAGAAAGCCCAAAAACAUUAGAAUUUGUGAGGAUCAUGCAUGGUGAAGACCUUAAGCUCGACCAGUUCACGUUUCCUUGUGCUCUAAAAAUCUGUGGUUGUUUUGGAUUUGUGAGGAUGGGAGAACAGAUUCAUUGCUAUGUGGUCAAAUCUGGUUUCAAAUUAGGUUGUUUUAUUGGCUCUGCUCUUAUCGAUAUGUAUGCAAAGUGUGGAAGAGUAAAUGAAGCCAUAAAUCUGUUUCAUGAAUGUUUGAGCUAUGAAGGACGGUCCGUCUAUAAUCAGUUGGCACUUUGGAAUUCAAUGAUAUCUGGGUUUGCUUCCAACGAACACAGUGGUGCUGCUUUUGAUUUUGUUUCACGGGUCCACAGAUCAGGAGCAGUGCUUGACUCCUACACUUUUAGCAGUGUUCUGAAGGUUUGCGUCAACUUACUCGAUCUAAGAGUUGGUAUUCAAGUUCAUGGUUUGAUUGUAACUUGUGGGUAUCAGUUAGAUUCCAUUGUUGGAAGCAUGCUUAUUGAUUUGUACGUGAAAUGUGGAGAUAUCGAACAAGCGUUGCGACUGUUCCGGAUGCUCCCGGAGAAAGAUGUAGUCACAUGGUCUGGAUUGAUUGCAGGUUGUGCUCAGCAACAUUGCAACUCAUUAGCAUUUUCUCUGUUUAGAGAGAUGGUUUGUUUGAAUCUUGGAGUCGAUCAGUUUGUUGUUUCGAGCUUACUCAAAGCCUUUUCCAGUCAAGCAGGACUUGAAGGUGGCAAACAGGUUCAUGCAUACUGUGUUAAGAGUGGAUAUGAAUCAGAACUUGUCACGGUUACAUCUCUCAUCGACAUGUAUUCAAAGUCCGGUGAAAUUGAGGAUGGCUUGACUGUCUUUAAGAGUGCGGUGGAGAGGGAUGCUGUUUGUUGGACAGGGAUUAUUGUGGGGUGUGGGCAGAAUGGAAGAGCAAAGGAGGCUAUUGGGUUCUUUGAGGAGAUGCUAAAAUCGGGGGUGGAGCCGAAUGAGAUCACGUUCUUAGGCGUUCUUUCUGCUUGUAGACAUGCUGGUUUAGUCCACGAAGCAUCUGCAUUUUUUGGGUCAAUGGCAGCAGACCAUGGAUUGGUACCUUGUUUAGAGCACUACUGUUGCAUGGUUGAUCUUCUUGGUCGAGCUGGAUGUUUCGAAGAGGCAGAGAGGUUGAUUACCAAUAUGCCGUAUGAGCCUGAUGAAACCAUAUUGGGUUCCUUGCUUGGGGCCUGUGGAAUUCAUAAGAAUUUCAAACUUGGAAAAUGGAUCGCAGAACGUCUUCUUGCAGUCACGCCAGGCGAUGUGUCCAUAUAUGUUACACUCUCGAAUGUUUGUGCUGGUUUGGGUAUGUGGGAUGAUUUGACCAAGUUGAGGGAAGUGGUCAGAGAAGUGGGUAUGAAGGAUGCUGGAAGAAGCUGGAUUGAGGUCCGGAAUUGAGAAAUGCCAUGAUGGUACAAUGAAACAGUUUGAAAACCCAGCAUUCAACUGUCUGACACAAGCAAGGCAUCAGCUUAAAGUGUCAAAGGGCCCCUUUCAGUGCUUCUGCUUUUGGGCAGAUGGGUUGCAUUUCGCACAGUUCACCAUCCAGAUGACUUAAAAGUCAACAUGGCGUCUGUGCUGAGAAUGUGGUUUGAGAAAAAAGGAACCACCCUAAAUGAAGGGCGAAAAAAGAGAGAAUGUUAGCCUGUUUCACCUUGGAUAUCCGAUCCAAAUGCGAUUUGGGGUACUUCCAAACAGGCCCUAACAGGACAUAAUUCACAUGAAAAUCUUACUUUUCAACAGUAUUGGUGAUCUGAGUUGAUGGAAGCACACCUUGGUGCAAUUUUACUAUUGUUUUCCAACGAUUGGGAAAGAAUUAAAGAUUGAUCUCCACAAUCGACUCUUAAUCCCAUUUCUUCACAAGUACCGCAAGGAAGUUGACAGUUUUAUGAAAAUUGCCACUGGUCCACAUUCAACUGGUGUGGCUUGCCUCAUGCCUCGACAAACCUGAUUCUUGAGCCAUGCCAUCUGCAUGGACUGCACCUGAUGCAUGGUCAGAUGUCCCAUCCACAUGUCAGUUUCACAUGUAGCCACAUGAGAAGAAGAUUUGCACUGUUUGAUAGACUUGCAAUAUUGACUCAAACAUGUGAGAGCCCUCUUCUAAUCUCAUUAUAAAAAUAUAAAGGUUUCUUUCAUCAAAGAUGAAUAUCUUUAGCCUAUCUUGAGGAAUUAUAUGAUACAUGACACGUCUUUGCACCCGUACAGGUUUCCAGUUCUGACAAGUUGAGGCUCGAUAUUCAAAGUUCUGUUGUGUGCUACAGUGGAUGGACGUAAGUACCCCAGAUUGGAAGAUCCCAGAAACCUAUCUGGAUACUUUUUUCAGUUGAAUGUGGUCCGUUCUUGUACCUCUCAACUUUGGCCACAUGGAAUGGUUAAGAUUGUCCUAUUGAGGAGGUUCCCAUGGCAUGGAUGAUUGAUGCUUUGGCAACGCCAAGAAAACAAAGCAUUUUGUUCAUCAAGAUUCACUUCACAUGUACAGAGGUGCUCUCCUGCUCUACUUUCAAGCUUAUUUUUGGCAGAUUGAAGGUAGAACAUUCAUUUCAAACAAAAGAAACAUGUAUUAACAAAUCAAUGGUCUCAUAAUGAGUAGUUUUCUGAUGAGGCAUCCUAAUGGGGAAGAUAUUCACAAGGGCGGUUGUCAGCAUCAACGACAAAGUGCUCCAGGCCCCGAUGGCUUUUUAGCAUGAUUUCAUUUUACUUAGUGGGAAAUCAUAAAAUUGGAGUGUUUCCAGUGUAGUUAGUGAAUUUUCCAUGGUGGCUUGCUUCCAAGAGAUUUUUACUUCCCUCUUAUAUACAAGGUAGAUGCUACAUCAAAUGUUAAUGAAUUUCACCCCACAAGACUAUGCGUCUUAAAAAUUAUGUGUAAAAUGUAGGAAUAUUUAUGAAAAUAUCUCAGCAAUGGCUGAGGAGAUGGUUCAUGAACUUGAAGAGAUUGGUAAGGGAGAGUAACUUCUUGAUGAAGUUGGUUCACGAUGUUUGGAUUGUGUCAAUUUCUAAAAUGUUGUCUGAUUGUUGGUUUUAUGAAGUGGGAGAUGGAUUU